CAGAAUGCGCUCAGCAAUUGCGGCGCCCAUCUUGUUCUUACUAGUAUCAUUUUUCGUCCAGGAAUGUGAAUCGGUCGGAUUUGCUCCAGAGCUCUAUUGUGGAUUAGAAAACUGUUAUGAUGUACUCGAAGUCAAUCGUGAGGAAUUCGAUAAGCAGAAGCUAGCUAAAGCAUAUAGAGCUCUGGCUAGGAAGCAUCAUCCAGAUAGAGUCAAGAAUAAGGAAGAGAAGCUUCUCGCCGAAGAACGUUUCCGAGUAAUUGCCACUGCUUAUGAAACACUUAAGGAUGAUGAAGCAAAAACUAAUUACGACUAUUAUCUCGAUCAUCCUGAUCAAAGAUUCUACAAUUACUAUCAAUAUUAUCGUCUUCGCGCCGCUCCAAAAGUAGAUCUUCGAAUUGUCAUUGUUGGAACUAUUCUUAUCAUUUCACUCUUCCAAUUCCUCUCUGCAAAACACAAGUUCUCAGAAGCAAUCGAAUAUGCAACCGGUGUUGGAAAAUUCCGCAAUAUGGCAAUUAAAGAUGGAAUUGAUAAAGGCUUGCUGGAAAUGGAUCGGAAUGGAAAAUUAAAAAAGAACAAAGGAGUUGACAAUGAUGAAGUUAUCAAGCAAAUAAUUAUUGAUAAUCUUGAUGUCACGGGUGGCUACAAACGAGAAUCCAUCUACGAUACUCUCGCAUGGCACACAAUUAUUUUCCCAUUAACGAUAUUCCGAUACAUUAAAUGGACAGCACUUUGGUAUUGGAGAUUUGCAAUUCAAAAGGAGGAAUAUGAUGAUGACGCCAAGCUUUAUCUCAUUAGAAAGUACAUUGGAGUUUCACAAAUGGAAUUCGAUCAGAAGUACACUGAUGAAGACAUUGAUGAUCUUUUUGAACGAGAAUGCUGGCUGAAACGAAACUGUGCAACGUGGAAAGCCGAACGAGACGCUGCGGAACAAGAAAAAAUGGCUCAAUCGGGUCGGUACAAAAGGUAUAAGAGAUAUAUGAAAAACGCGGGAACUAUUUCGUUUGUCGAUGAAGAUUAAAUAUUUACUAAAAAUUACUUAUUGCAUUUUAUAACUCGUUCUUUCUAAAUUAUUAUUCCUUUAUGCAGCUGUUUUAUCAUCAAAUUUUUAUAGCAUUUCAUGUUUUCACUUAACUCGAAUGUUUCUCCGAGUUUGCGAGCAUAAUCUACUUCUUUCUUACCAAUAUUGAUGUUUUUUCUUCAUUUUCAAUCUUUUUUUACUGUGGGUGAUAAUUUAUUCAAUUGAUAAAAAUUGCUUU